AAUAUUGCAGAUUUAUAACGAUUCCCUCAAAGUUUCUUCAUUUGGACAGCAGAUAUGAAAGCAAAACAGAAAGCAAGCAGCACCAACAGCAUCAUGAGUUGCCUGCCAUUGAUUUUUUUUUUUUAAAUCAUUAUUAUUAACUGAUACUAACUUGCUUAAGAAAUUAGAUAGAAUUAGUACUCAUGUUUUGAGUUUCACUGAAAGUUGAUUUUAGUGAUUUAAUCUCGCUUUCAAUCUGGAAAACGUUUUUGUAUGUGUGUGUUAAAUGCUUCCUUUCACCAAAGGGAUCUUGAAGAGUUGUAUCAUGAAUGAGAAAUCAGAAUGCAUAAUUUCACUAUUGAAAUACGGUUACCUAUUGAGUACAGAAUUGCUUCCAUUUGUAACUUCAACUUGCAUAUCACUGAAGUGCAUCUUUACAUAUGCAGCUACUUCCCUUAAAUUUGUGGGCCUGCUCAGAUGCCUAGCACUGGCAAGACACUAUUUUUAAACACCGUGUUAACGUCAUGUAGAGCAGCUGAAUUCAUACAGUCCACCUCACAUCACACAACGAGGGUGAGGAAAUCUGGUCGGUAACACGGACUACAUUCUCUAUUUCGAAUAGCACAGGCAGGCAGGAUGCUGAAGGGUUUAUCUAAGGUGAAAGUCCCAGCAGCCUGAAGCCUGGUCACCAUGGAAAGACAAAAGUUUGUAUUGUCUGCCCAGAUCACAGCUGGAGUUCACAUCUCCAAACACCUCUUCAAAGUGCUUCCUUAUUCUUUGCAGGUGCAUUCAUAAAUAAAAUUAUUCUGUAAAGAAUUGAUGAUUAAAGAAGUCCACCCUCAAGAAGAGGUCCGCAGAGGGAGAACUUCACAGAGAAGGAUGGCAGCACCUCAGUGCAGUGGAAGAUGAAAAGAAAGAACAUCUACAGAGGUAUUUUUCUUUUUGGCUAUUACCUCUUUAUAGACAGUAAAAUAACACGGCGUAUUUCCCUGAAAAGCUUUGAUAAGGAUAUAGUAGUUAAAACAAAGAAAACUAGAUUUUCUGCCAGAAGCAAGCCUAUACUGUGUGUGUGUAUUCCUGCAGAGCUUCUUUCUGACUUGGGAAAGUGCAUUCUAAGUAAGAAAUUCACUCUGGAUUCAGGAAAGUUGAGUUCUCCUUCUGGUCUCUGCUGGGGUCUUUGUUCUUGAAGUGUAGUUGAUCGUUUCAUUCUGUCUUGUUUUUAUUUACUGUAUUCUGUCCUUUGUAAUUAGAAUUUAAACUCUCCCUUUGUCUCAUAUGUUUUGUAAAACGUCUGGCAUAAAGGGCCACUUAUCUCAAUUGACCUACUAAGUGCUGCUGCAAUGCAAACAGUGAUGCGUCCAGACUUGACGGUAUUUCACCUUAACGUGAUGCAAGACUGUGUGCUGCACUCUAAUUUGGCAGAGAGGAGAAACAAAUUUCGGAUAUGAAAAUGGGAAUAGCAGAGAAUAGGACAGAGCUGUAGAUUGGGGGGGGGGUGAGGGGAAGGACAGGAAAAUAACUUUAGUUUCUCAUAAAAUCAACUGGAGACUCAGAUCUGGAAAGUGCUAGUUGCUUUACUUGGCAACCAUUUACAGGCCCAUCUGUGGCAUUUGCCCACACAAAGGAAUAUCUGAGGGCGAGCAAAAGAAGUUUGUAGGCCAAUGGAUUUAUGCAUUGGUGGCAGCCAAAAAACUUCUGAGCUGUAAUCUCGCCUUUUGUCUGCUGACAAAUAUGCAUGCGUUCUUCACAGCUUCUGUUAAUGAUCCACCCUUGCAGACCUUCUCCAAAGUGAGAUUUAGAGGAGAUGGUCGUUAGUUGCUAUCUCCAAAAAUAUCUUAGCCCACUGCUUUUCCUGGAUGCUAAAUCUUGAAAUCGCCAUAGAGGCUGUUCAGUUAGAAGGUCCUCCUCCAGCUAAGCGGAAUGAGGGGUCAGUGGGACCUCGCUGUGCCCACAGCAGGCGUUUGUUUGCAGCACUGUAUAUGGCAUCUACAACACCCCACAGGUUCAGGAUAUGCCGGUGACAUGGAGCAAUCUAUCGCACCAGGACCAUGGGAAACGGCUCCUCUCACAACUGCUGGGUGCUGUGAGUGAGUGGGAGGGGAUUAAAGCAGCCGUGUCAGGAGCUGUGCUGACAGGGACAGGAAGGCGAGGGCUGUGUCAGCACGCAGCGCUGUGUGUUUGUGUGUGUGGUGUGUGACCGACGUGUUGCUGACAGCGGCAACAGCCGCAGCUGGUUGGGUCAGCUGGCAGUGCAGUGUAAUUUUCAAGUGAACUUCAACUGGAAACAAAAAGAGAAAAAAAAAAAAAAAACGUCCCGGGAAGCUCCGAGCCUGAGGCGGCGACUGGGUGCCCGCUUCGCACCGCGGCCCGUCAGCGAUUCUCCCGCUACCCCCGUCCCAACGGCCGCCUGGCGCCCCGCCCCGCGGGGGGGGUUGUAGGGGGGGUGAGGGGCGUGGCGUCGCGCAAGUCCCCGGAUGGAAGCGGCGCGGCGCGGCACCGCGUGACCCCUCCCUGUCCGGAAGUGCGGCGGCAGCGGCGCUGGAGCGGCGGUCAGCGGCCGGGCUGUACGGCAGCCGCAGCGCUACCGGCGGUGAGCUCGGCGCGGUUCGGUGCGGGCAGCGAUGCGGCCCCGCUCCCGUCCGACCUCGCCGCUUCCGCCAGCCGUCGGCCGUCGGUGACCGCCACGCCUUCCCCCGCCUCGGCGCUAUGAGAGCCGCCGCGCUCCGAAGAAUUACUGAAGUUUGGAUUGCUGUUUAGAUACUAUAAUCUGCAAUAAGUGGCAAUGUCAAGGGUUCCUACCCCACCUCCUCCUGGGGAGAUGUCCAGUGGACCUGUGGCUGAAAGCUGGUGUUACACACAGGUCAAAGUAGUAAAAUUUUCCUACAUGUGGACCAUUAAUAACUUCAGUUUCUGCCGAGAAGAGAUGGGUGAAGUCUUAAAGAGUUCUACAUUUUCAUCAGGGCCAAAUGACAAAAUGAAGUGGUGCCUGAGAGUGAAUCCAAAGGGAUUAGAUGAUGAAAGCAAAGACUACUUGUCAUUGUACUUGCUUUUAGUCAGUUGUCCAAAAAGUGAAGUCAGAGCAAAAUUCAAAUUUUCACUGCUGAAUGCGAAAAGGGAAGAAACUAAAGCAAUGGAAAGCCAAAGAGCGUAUCGGUUUGUGCAAGGCAAGGAUUGGGGUUUUAAGAAGUUUAUCCGAAGAGAUUUUUUACUAGAUGAAGCUAAUGGUCUUUUACCGGAUGACAAGCUUACGUUAUUUUGUGAGGUAAGCGUGGUCCAAGACUCAGUAAAUAUAUCAGGACAGUCUAACACAAACACUUUGAAGGUACCUGAAUGUCGACUAGCAGAAGAUUUAGGGAAUCUCUGGGAAACAACAAGAUUUACAGACUGCAGUUUUUACGUAGGAGGACAAGAAUUCAAAGCACAUAAAUCUGUCCUUGCAGCACGAUCUCCAGUUUUUAAUGCAAUGUUUGAACAUGAAAUGGAAGAAAGCAAAAAGAACCGUGUGGAAAUAAAUGAUGUAGACCCUGAAGUUUUUAAAGAAAUGAUGAGAUUCAUUUACACAGGAAAAGCACCAAACCUUGAAAAAAUGGCUGACAAUUUGUUGGCAGCUGCAGACAAAUAUGCACUGGAACGGCUGAAGGUCAUGUGUGAGGAAGCACUCUGUAGUAACCUCUCGGUAGAAAAUGUUGCUGACAUUCUUAUCCUCGCAGAUUUGCACAGCGCUGAACAGUUAAAAGCACAAGCAAUAGACUUUAUUAACAGGUGCAGUGUUCUUAGACAACUUGGGUGUAAAGAUGGGAAAAACUGGAAUAGCAACCAAGCAACAGACAUAAUGGAAACAGCAGGCUGGAAGUCCAUGAUCCACUCCCACCCUCACUUAGUAGCAGAGGCCUUUCGUGCACUCGCGUCUGCACAGUGUCCACAGUUUGGCAUUCCACGCAAACGGCUAAAACAGUCCUGAAAUCUUCCAUGGACUUAGAGAAAUUGAACUGACUCUACUCCUCCAUGUCCAGAGGUGUUUUCACAAACCAUAACAAGAGUUUUUGUUAUCCUUGUCCACAGAACAGAAGCUGAAAAAGCCUAUUGUUUGCUUUUCAGAUGGAUAAUUUAUGGUUUAAUCCUCAGCUUUAAAUUAGACUGAUUACUCUAAUUCACUGAAAGGCCUUAAAUUAUCUUCAAUGACUCUAGUCCAUAUAGUUUAAUGUAUCUUGAUUUUUUUAUUAUUAUUAUUUUUUAAUGUGCCUUGUCUUUUUGACUAGGCUCUGCAGGAUUGCACUAGCUCCAUAAUGCAGUAAAGUUGAUAACUGAAGAUUAAUUUUUUGAAAGGGAUCUUCCAUUAUUUUCAGAAGAAAAAAAGAUUAUUAUAGUUUGGUCCUGUGCUAACUGGAAGGUUUUAACUAGCCUCUCAUUGAAAGCACUUGAACCAGAGGCACAAAUGUACCCUAGACAAGUGCUGUGUAUGGGGAGAGCCUGUUUACCUUCAGCGAAUGCCUACAGGCUAUUUAUGGCAAUAUACUGCUUUGAACAUAAUUUAUUUUUCAUUGUGGGGGCAAAUAUGCAAUGGUUUGGCCCGAAAAUGUAUUUUCAUUACAGUUUGUAAUGCUUAUUGUGUGUGUGUCAAAGCUGUCCAAACGGUGAAAAGAAACACAGAAUAUGAACCUCUUGCUUGUGUUUCUUUGUGGUCCAUCGCUAGUUUACAUUUAAUGCAGAACUGAACGAGAGGUGAAAAGUUCAAUGUGAAAACAGAAAAGUAUUGUAUAUGGAAAAGAAAUAUAUCCCACAUGUACGGUUACAUAGAAAAGUAAAGAAUGCAUAGGAUGACCAAAUGUAAAUUGAAGAAAAUGGGCCAAAUGGAUUCUUAAUAUGCACUUUUAACGUGUAACUUUUGUAUGUUGUGUGGUACAUAUAUAUUUUGCUUUUGAUGAAUUAAUGAGGUACAGGUAAUUGUGGCUUAACUUUUUAGAUACAUUUUCAGAUGCCCACAGCCACAUGGGAUUUAGUUUUGUUAGAAAAGAAAGGCAUGUCUUUUUAAGACUCAUUUGAAGGUGACUAUUGCAAGCUUUCAUAUUUAAGUAACAGAAUACUUCUGCUAAUUUGAAAGAGGCAUGUGGAAGGCAAAAUUGUGGAGGAGAGGCUUUCCCCAUCUCAAUGUGUGCACAGCUUCUCUUAGCACCUGGGAAGCUCCACACUCAUCAGGAGGAAUAUUUCCCUGAAAUGUCAGAUGUGUCAGCAAGCAGAGACUUGCUCAGUCUUGCAUUUCAGUUAUUGUACUAGCAUUGUGGAUGGUAUUGAAAUUCUGCAUAAUGUGAAAAGGAUGAAACGUUUAUAAAAUGCUUGUCAUGGGCCAGUUCUUUAUUCCAUGAACCUUAGCUUUAAUACCAACAUCCUCAGUGUUUGAUAGCUUUGUUUACAAUUGAGAGGAGAAGUUUGCAGUAGUGCACACUCAAAAUGUUUCCUGAGUUAUUACAUUGAGUUUACUGUAAUAGUGAUGUGUUGCAUUUCUUCUUUGGGAAGACUUGGGUUUAGCAGUGGGGACUGGGAGGAGAUCUCACCUAAUUUAUGAUCAUGUUUGGAUAAAGGCUUUAGUUUGCCUAUUAAAAAAAAAAAAAGUUAUGCAGGGAACAGAGAGGAGGAAUCGUUUACUCUCUUACAGUCUUUUUCCAUCCUCAUUUCAUUAAGGUUCUUAUGAAUUGCUCUAAAUGAAGUUUUUAGAGGAAAGAAUGUAUACUUUUGUACUCUGGCCAUUAGCAAAGGCAAAUUGGAAAAAAUGCCCACACCGGUUUCUUAACAAAAUAAUCUCUAAACAUGCAUUUUCUUACCUUCCAACUAAAUCUUUUAUGAUGGAUAAAGUGUAAAACCAGAAACUUUAAUAGUACAUAAGGCAUCAAAUUAUAUAUUUACAGAGAUUUAUCCUUAUAUCAAUUUUUAAAUAUUUAUCUAAAGUAAAGUCUCACAAGCAUUUUUCACAAUAAGAUGUGAAGAUAAUUGUUCCCUCCAAAACAGUGCUGUUGUGGCUGCACUGUGUAAUGUGUUAGGACACAUUAUACCCUCAUACCCAUCGCCGGUAAAACUCGCAGCCCUAACAUUCUGAGUGACUUGAAUAUUCAGUACUGCAAUGAUUGUCCAGUUCAGCUUGAUCUAAAGUAAGAACAUACAGUAAUCUAAUGGAAAGCUUAAGGAUUUUACAAAGACUUUUUUUUUUUCAGAAGCUUAAUAGCACACUUGUACCAAAAAAUGUCAGACACUGUGCUGUGGUAUUACCUACAUUGUGAAGUGUCCACUUUUCAAGUUAGGCAGUGUAUACCGUACAUUACACUGACAGGAUUGAAAACAAACCACGUAAUCUGAUUGGAUUUGGGUUUAUUUAUUAUAUAUAUUUUUAAGUUUGGUCAGCUCUUAAGAAAGAGGCAAAACAGAUGCUGUAUUCUUAAGUAGUGAGUGCACUAAAAUUCACCUCUUCUGUUCUUGAAACACAUGUGGCAUUCUUGUCUUAUUGGGACGGGAUAGCUGUUAAUUGCAACCCUCUCCUUUGGAUUCAGUAGCUUGUUUUCAUCCCCUACAUCUCAAACACUUGCCCUUCAAAGCAUCAGUUGUCAGUUCUAAGUGCAGCAGAUAGAAGACUGUGUAAUACGAUGGACAGAUUUUGGGUUGGUUUUUCUUUUUCAGGAUGAAACCUUAGGAUUUUUUUCUUAGUUUUGUAUACAGAUUAGGAAUAUAUUGUAUGAAGGUGCCACGUUUUGGCUUGCCAACACUACUCCCUUGGAUAGAUGUGAACCACCGCUUGCAUACUUUUCUGGGGAGAACCCUGCAUGUGUGUCCUGUGUGUGUGUGCGUGUGUGUAUGUAUGACUGUGUGGUGUUUUUUGUCAAGAAUGACUUUCUAAAAAU